AGUCGGUUGAGUGCGAAUUGACGCUUUAGCGAAAAUAGUGUUGUAUAUUUUUUGAAAAAUCAUCGUUGCGCUUUACAGUUAAAUCAUUUCAUGCUUGCGCGUUUGUGUUAUUGUUUUAGACAUACAUCAUCGUAGACAUACAUAUAUACAAAUUAAAAAAAUACACUUAAUGCCCUUGAAUGAAAACUCUGAGCAAUAUGGAAAAUGUAUAAUUUCGUUGUGUUGUUAUUGUAGCGUUACAUAAAGAAAGCUUUUGAGUUAAAAAAAAUUUUGGUGAGAUUGAAAGUCGAUAAAUUUGAAUUGUAAAAAAAUAAUAUUUAAUUGUUUUUUGGUGAAAAAGUCACUUUCGCGUGAAGAUUAUUUAUUGUCUGUGCAAUAAACGUUUGAUUAUACUUUUUAAAGUUAAAUAUUAAAAGUAUUAAAAAUACAACAGCAACAAAAUGUCGGAUAUAUAUUAUUGCAGUAACAACAAGAGUAAGCAGAAAUCAAGCGCGGAUGGCAAGAGCAGCUCAGGCGAAAAAUCGUCAAAGUCAGGCAGUGCCAACGGUGUAAACAAUAGUAACAGCAAUAGCAACAACAACAAUAAUAAUACUACUCGAGAGAAUAACAAUGUUUGCGGUAAACACAUCUCGAACGGCAAAACAAAUUGGAAUGCAAAGGGCGUACAGAGCAAUCCGAGCGGACAUCGCGAUUCAACCGGAAAUGGCUUAAAUGCGCAAGCGCAGCCGCAGAAAGUUUAUCACAAUGCGCGUUGUGCGCGUCACCACAAACCACAUCACAAUCAUAGCCACAACAGUAGCAACAACAACAAUAGCAGCAACAACACCAACAGUAUUGCCAAUGGCAACAAUAACAACAACAACAACAGCAAUAGCAAUGGUGUUCUCGCGAAUGGUGCGACGCCGAAUGGUCUUACCGACUUGUGUCACCAUCAGUUGGCCAAUCCACCCGCACAUGGACAUGGACACAAUCACACACACACAAACGGCGGCGGACAUCGAAGAAAAUCGGAGUCUGUGCUAUCUACAGAUUCGGAUAUACGUUUCACCCGUCGCAAGCUGGGCGAUAGUCAGAAGUGUGGUUGUGCUGUGAUAGCGGGAUUUCUAGUCGCCCUCCUUGUGGCCGGCGCUUUCGUGUAUGUUGGUUAUACAUAUUUCCGCCCUGAACCGCUGCCAGAUCGGACCUUCCGCGGUAAAUUUCUGGUAAUGAACGAUAAGUGGUCCAUGGAGUUGGCAGAUCAGAAUUCAUUGAGAUUUAAUCACAAAGCACGUGAUUUCCGCGAGCGCAUUAAUUUGAUUGUAAAACGUUCAGAUUUACGUGAGGCUUACGAAGGCAGCGAGAUAUUGGCGCUGGAUGGCACGGAGGAUAUCAAUGAGGUUGUUGUACAUUUCAAUCUCAUAUUUGAUCCAUAUGCCGGUCUGGUAUCGACUGCCGAUCUUUUGGCCCUCUUCGCUGAGGAAAUUAACGAACCGAAUCGUAAAUAUUUCGCCAAUAUGACCGUUGAUCCACAGAGUUUAACGAUCAAAGAAGUUACCGGCCUCAUUGAAGAACCUAUUAUGUCUUCUUCACCACUCGGUGGAGAAGAUGAUACUACCGAGAUAAUUACUACUACGCCGAAACCACCUCGCCGUUGCGAACCGCUCAAAUUGAACUACUGCCGCUCGAUCGGUUACAAUAUCACGACAUAUCCAAAUUUUCUGGGGCAUCACUCGUUUGAGGAGGUACAAGCGGACGUGAUUGCUUUUCGCGAAUUAGUCGAUGCCGAGUGUUUUCGUGAAGCUUUCGAUUUUGUUUGCCGUUUACUGCAGCCACCCUGUGAUACGCAUGGUUCAUUCGAACCGACGCCAGGUGUGAUGUGUCGCGAAUAUUGUCAGCUCUUCAUGAGGGGUUGCGGUAGUCGUUUGCCGGCACGUUUCAAGCGAUUUUUCGAUUGUGAAACUUUUCCGGAAUCGACGGGCAUACAGAGUUGCCAUCACAAGCCACAUUGUGCACACGAUUUGCAGAACAAUGCACAAAGUCCGCGUCUCUGUGACGGUUUCGUGGAUUGCCCUGAUUUCUCUGAUGAACGCACUUGCACUUUCUGUACAGCGAAUUCAUUAUAUUGUGGUAGAGGGCGCGCUUGUGUGCCACGUAAGGCGCGUUGCGAUGGCAAAGCUGACUGUCCAGAUGGUUCGGAUGAAAAAGAUUGUCUUGCUAUAGCACCACUGGCUGCCGAUCUCUUAAAGCCCGAGCCUUUGGUGCCCUAUUUACCACGCUUCCAUUCAGAAGGUUUCGCGGUAUUUUCCGAAAAAGGUGUUGUGGGAAAAUUGUGUGCAGAAGGUCUGGAAGCAGAUAGCAAAUUGAUAGUACGUCAAACAGUGGCAGAAUCGCUUUGCAAAUCCCUCGGCUAUGAAUCCGUAGAAAUAUUUGAGGUGCGCAACGAUACAGAACAAGUAGAAGAUUACGUGCGUGUGCUAGAUCCUCACGCGCCGGAGAUAUCUUUUAUACGCACUCACUGUCAGAAGCGGCAGGUACUCUACGUCGGUUGUGGUGAGCUACAGUGUGGGGUGCAGUCGGUAUUAUCGCCCAAACAAUAUCUGUCGUUGCCAAAGAUGUCCUCACCUGGUGAUUGGCCUUGGUUGGUGGCGCUCUAUCGCGAGGACAUACAUGUGUGUGAUGGAACACUGAUAUCUCGCGAUUGGGUGCUUACUACCGAAUCGUGUUUCCAAGGACAACCACGCGCCACUUGGAUGGCUAUAUUUGGCGCCGUGCGUCUAUCAUCCAACGCACCUUGGACUCAGCGUCGUCGUAUUAUUGGUUUGAUAAAGAGUCCUGUAGAAGGCUCCACAGCGGCAUUAAUUCGACUUGAGACACCUGUUAACUUCUCCGAUCACGUGCGCCCUAUAUGCCUACCCGAUGAACUGCAGCGCAAACAGGAUCAGCUAGCGAAACGUCGCGCUUUUGUACCCAAAGCUGAGCGUCUAGAGGGUAAACGUCCACAGCCGAAGGUACCGCCCACUCCUAGCGCUGUCCAACGUCAUUUGGCAGAAUCACAAAAGUUCUUCGUAUCACCGGCGGUGGAACAGGAUCCAGUUGAUACGCACAGCGGUAGCAGCUCGGAAAGUGGAGAGGAAUAUUCACGUUAUGAUUUCGAUCACUCUGAAGCGGCCGCCUCACAAAUGCCGCAUGCUGAAGCGCUGACCCAAACAGUAGAGCAACAAUUCAAUGAAUAUCCGUUGCCGGACAGUGCGCCACAAGUACAUUAUUACAGUGGUGCUGCAUCAUCUGCUGGCCGUUAUGCGCCUGUGCCUGUGGCGACUGGCGGUGUCGGUGUUGCGUCAGGUCGAACGCCAAUCGGAGGUGUGAAUAGUAAAACAUCAACGCCGCCGCCCAGAGUUGAAGAAAUCUGGACAAAUUGCAAUACACUAGGCUGGUCUAGACAACGUGAUCAUCUGCAGCGAGUACAGCUGAAAAUCGGUGAUAUGGCACCUUGCGAAAAUAUUUCCAUAGCAACGGUAAACAGUAUGUGCACCGAGGCGACAUAUCAGAAGCAUGAUUGCACGCAAGAAGAGUAUUCCGGUGCACCUGUGCAGUGCCUCAUACCGGGCACAAAUCAAUGGGCAUUGCUCGGUGUUUCAUCCUGGCGUAUUGCUUGUGGACCGAGCGGCGUCGAACGGCCGAGAAUGUAUGACAAAAUCACAUCGAAUGCGGCGUGGAUACGGGAGAUUCUAAGCGCAGCGUAGAAACCUUCAAACUUAAUGGUACCUGUGUUGGCAUGGGUUUCAGCGUAAACACAAAAAUGAACAAAAGUUAAAGCUAAAACUAAAAUUAAUAUAACAUUUAAGGUAACACGAAGCUAAAUAUUUACUUAAUUCCUUAUGUAAUUAGUUUUAAAUAUAUAUUUUAUCAAGUAUCUAAAUUGGUAAACGCAUGUACAUGUGUGCGUAAAAAUUAUGAUUGUUGUGUGCAGUAAAUUUUGGUUAAAAAAGUAGAAAUUUUAUAUUAUAGAAUCCUUUUUUGAGUGUUUGUAAGUUUAAUUGUUUGUGUGUGUGUAUUUCGCUUAUUUAUAUUGUCGAUGCAAUGAUUGCAUUUAAAUUAAAAUUAAAUUUAUUUAAAAAAAUGUGUAAGAAAUAAUCAAUAUUUGAAUUAAAAAAACAAUCAUUUGGUGUAGUUACGUAAUUUUUUUAGUGUAAAUGCUAAGUGACGAACUUUUUGCAUUACAAUUACUUUAUUACUAAAUAAAUAUUAACUUUGUAAAGUAUUUUAAAGAAAGUAUAAAAUAUUUAUAAUACUUAAAAUAUGCAUG